GACGCGUCUGCGCUCGUGCUCAAACAGCUCAAAUCAGAAACUCUCCGCUACAAUCACAAGAAAUCAGGAUGAUUUUACCAUCCACACGGAAGAUUGUAUGAUUCAUAGGGAUUUUGUGGAGACGACUUGCGUGACACGUUCGGACUCGCACGGGUUUAAAGGCGAGCGGAAGAUUAAAGCUGUGUACUUUUGGUUAGCAGUUAGCAUUCUUAGCUGUUAAAUCUCUUGAUCAGAGUAAACAAACAGUUCAUGGGUCUGGUUUGAAGUAGUUUCGCUCUAAAAACGGAUUAAAUUUAUUAUAUAUUCUUGUUUUUAAUAUUUAAUUGCACUUGUUGAUUUCCCUAUCUGUACCCUUGUUGGCAAACAGUAACGUUAAACCCUCAACAUGAUAGAUAGAUAGAUAGAUAGAUAGAUAGAUAGAUAGAUAGAUGGUGAACACAGAUUUCACAGGAGCAGCAGUUAAUCUGGUGCCUUGUGUCAUUAAACACAAUCGAGUUAGUUCAUUAGGACUGAAAGCACAGUCUGGAUGUGUCACAGUGUUGAGAGAAGCUGGUUAAUCUGGCUGUUCUGAAUCAGACAGAGAUUAGAGAUGUCCAGAGCGUCUCAUCUCCUCCUGCACUCGCUCAAAUUAACCCCUAAUUAUCCCCUGAGUGACCUGCUGCUCUUCCUGUGCAACACACGCUGAAGGAGACAGAUUCAACACAUACAGAUAUUCAGAAAGAGUUAGUUAGCUAGCUGAACGCUUUUCUGACGUGAUUUGGUCUUUUCUGUAAUCCGUUCAGGAGGAACAUCAAUAUUUACUCGUCAUGGCUGGUGCCAGGAUUAAACGGCCAGUGGAACAACUCCAGCGAUUGUCCUCGCCGUCCUUUGGUUUCUCACGGAGGAGUGAGAUGGAUUCUCCUCGAUAUAAUCACAAGGAGAUGAGCUCCACGUCACACGUCUGCUGAAGCGUUUCAUAUGUUGGUGUAGUCUUCCAGUAGAUCCUGGAUCACUGCAGAUAUGCUCCAGACCAAUAACUACUCACUGGUGCUGCUGACCCAGCUGGCACUGUUGACCUUUGACCUGUUCGUCAACUCCUUCAGUGAACUGCUGCGGGCCGCGCCGGUCAUACAGCUCGUGCUCUUCAUAAUUCAGGACAUCGGCAUCCUGUUUAACGUGAUCAUCAUUCUUCUCAUGAUGUUUAACACAUACGUGUUCCAGGUGGGGCUGGUGUCGCUGUUACUGGAGCGCUUCAGAGCGCUGCUGAUAGUGUCUGCGCUCUACCUGACCCUCAGCAUCAGCUUUCACUGCUGGGUCAUGAACCUGAGGUGGAUGGAGUCCAGUGGGUUCGUGUGGACAGACGGUCUGCAGGUUCUCUUUGUGUUCCAGAGACUGGCUGCUGUGUUGUAUUACUACUUCUACAAACGCACGACGGAGUACCUGGGAGACCCCAGACUUUACGAAGACUCCCCGUGGCUCCGAGAUGCAUUCGCUAGAGCGCCACAGUGAAACCAACCCAGAAUGGUGCACGAGGAACCUUAACGUUGUGCAAUACAAAGCAUUUCAGGAAACUGAACGGAGCGAGCCCCGCCACCUUAAAACAAACUUAAAACUGUAGGAAAGAGCCAAGAUGGCUUCUGUGGUGCACACGGGCCAAUGGAGAGAUCACAUUCUGUGUUUUUAAUGAUUGAAGCAUAAGACGUCUGAAUGUCUCUAAACAGAUCUUAGGUGUAAAGCUAGUUAUCAUAAAUUGCUUCUCACCUGUUCAGCAUAUUUCCAGUAAAUUAUGGACGGAGCAUUAACAAAGUGCCUCAGUGUUCACCCAACACUGCACAAAGUGAGUGAACAGCAGAGCGUCAGUGCACUUGUUAUGCUGUAAUAGAGAUCAUAUUCUUCUGGUGUUGUACUAAUAAACAUUUUCCACCGGCCUGA